AUGAAGCAGUGUUCUUCACACAAUGCGGCUGACAGACGACCCUCAAAGAGGCUAAAAUGUGAAAAAAACAGUCUAGUAAAAUCGGAACUAGAAAGAGUUGCAUGUGGAAGUGAAAACCUUGCUGCAUUGGGGGAAACACCUAAAACAUCUGAUGGGGAUCGAUGUUCAGAAGAUCCCGGAGACCGUAAUAUAAUUCAACAGAAAAAAGGUGAAAGCAUUCCAGAGACUGAUGAAGACAAACAGGAAAAGGAGCAUAAUGUUUCUCUUGAGCCACGUGCAGUGAAAUCAAGCAGCGCUCCCUCAAAAACGGACAGUGCUGAAAAUCUGCACAAUCAUGCCUGCAGUGAAGAAGAGAGCAGCUGUGAGAGUGUACUUUCAGAUGGGUCUAGCUUGGAGGAUGGAGAUCUCCUGAAGAAGCCAAUACAACUAGACAGUGGUGCUUUCUUGGACGAAGACAGCAACCAGCCAAUGCCAGUGGACCGGUUCUUUGGAGAUAUUGAGUUUAUACAGGAUCUCCCAGCAGUUGCACUCCCAAGCACAACGAUGAGCAGGCGAGAAUUCAGGAAGCUACAUUUCAUUGCAAAGGAAGAUGAGGAGGAGGAGGAAGAGGAUGUUGUCUAACAACAAACUGUAAACAAAUGAAACCUUUUUUCUUUUUCUUUGCAACCACGUAAUGAUGGUUGGCUGUGUCUCUAACAUACAGGUGUUGCGUUUGCCUUUUCUCAGAGAGAGAACUGAUAGAGUUUGUUUUUUCUGGAAUUGGCAGAUACAGUAUUCUCUCUCAGUUAUCUGGGGCAAAGAUUGAAUUUUCAGUGAUUUGGAAAUAAAUUGUAGUUUCUCAUUUUACCAUUAAUAUUUAGGAAAAAAACAGGGAAAAUAGAAGUUCUUAUUGUUUUUUUUUAUAAAUUUGAGCCCAUAUCUAGGGUGAACAUUUGGUCUCACUCCUUUUUUUAAAAAUAGCCAAGAAAACCGUGUUAGAACAAGGUCCUUUUAAUUCUGUGAUGUCUGCCAUCGUGGCAUCCAGUUAGUAAUGCAGCCAGUUGACUACCCAGUGCAAAGAGGGACACCGGCCUCUGUUGUGUAAGUUGUGUUGCGUUGUUUACAUCUAAACCAGAACCAAUUAAACCUCUAAAAUGCAGUUCUGCUGGCAAAACUAAAUGCACGGAUGUCAAUGUGAGUUCAGGGGUGUUAAUCUCCAGAAGUACGUUUUUAUCGCAUGUCAGUUCUCUGAACAGCCGCCACGUGAAGCUGACUGCUUCCUUCUCCCACCAGACCAGCCAUAAGCAUUGCCUUUUUUGUGUAAUGCAGCUUGUGCAGUAUUUUCAAUUAACUUCCAAGGGUUACGAACAGGAAUUUUGUAAACAAAUAUAUUGGUGGUGAUAAAGGAGGAAUAAGCUCUCUCAGUGUUGGACUCGGUAGAUGAACGAGUAUUGAUUGCUAAGGAUAUGGGUCAGUCCACCAAACUUGUUAUUUUGGUCUGCAU